AUGUCUGCUCAAAUUCCAUCAGCAAAGAUAGUGCUAUUAGGGGAAUCUUCCGUAGGUAAAUCCAGCAUUGUUACUCGCUACGCUACAGAUACUUUUGUGGAAGGAAGAGACGCUACUAUUGGGGCUGCGUUCCUGACCAAGGUGUGUUCCACGGGCGAUCGUGAAAUCAAAUUCGAGAUUUGGGAUACAGCAGGACAAGAGAGAUUCCAUUCACUUGCGCCAAUGUACUAUAGAAAUGCCUUAGCAGCCAUUGUAGUGUUUGAUGUUACAAAAUAUUCAUCGUUUACUCGAGCCCAAUCUUGGGUACAGGAGCUUAGGCCUCUGGCCAAUCCACAAUUGACAAUCGCAUUUGUUGGCAAUAAAAUUGAUACCGAGAAAAGAUAUCGAGAUGUUUCUACAGAAGAAGCAGCUUUAUAUGCCAAUGAAUUCAAUCUUUUGUAUUUCGAGACGAGCGCUCGUGAGGGCACAAAUGUCCAUCAUGUGUUCACCAAAAUAGCAAACCAUAUUCCAUUAGAACAGGUGAAAGCCUCGCCAUCGACAUCAAGUGGUAAAAGAGCAGUGAAUUUGAAGAAGCAACAAAGCACCGAUCAAACGAGCAAUUGUGCUUGCUGA